AUGGCCUACCACUCCCAAUCCCCCUUCUCGGGUCAUAUUCCCGCCUAUAAUCCGGUGGCCGCAAUGACUGCCCCUGCUGGUACCUUUUUGCCUGGCACCAAGGUUCAGGUCGGAAGUCACCGUGUUGUGGUGGAAAAGUACCUUUCCGAGGGUGGAUUUGCCCACGUCUAUGUCGUCCGGCUCCCUCAACCCGUUGAUGGUGUCAACACGGCGGUCUUGAAGCGGGUGGCCGUCCCCGACAAGUCGGCCCUCGCCAAUAUGCGCACAGAGGUCGAGACGAUGAAGAAGCUCAAGGGCCACCGGCACAUUGUCAAGUACAUUGACUCCCACGCCUCACAACUUCAGGGGGGCGGAUAUGAAGUGUUCCUGCUCAUGGAAUUCUGCUCAGGAGGAGGUCUGAUCGACUUCAUGAACACGCGGUUGCAGAACCGGUUGACGGAGCCGGAGAUUAUAAAGAUCUUUUCGGAUGUGUCCGAGGGCGUGGCUUGCAUGCACUACCUCAAGCCUCCACUACUGCACAGGGAUCUCAAGGUGGAGAAUGUGCUUAUCUCUCGCCAGGGCAGCACGUCCUACUAUAAGCUGUGCGAUUUUGGAUCGACCGCUCCUCCUCGUCCGGCGGCCACUUCAGGCGCAGAGGGUCGGUUGAUUGAGGAUGAUGUGCAGCGGCACACGACACUGCAGUACCGGAGCCCGGAGAUGAUCGAUGUCUAUCGGAAGCAGCCAAUUGAUGAAAAAAGUGACAUCUGGGCCUUGGGAGUUCUCCUUUACAAACUUUGUUAUUAUACCACCCCCUUUGAGGAAGUCGGGCAGAUGGCCAUUCUCAACGCGAGCUACAAGUUCCCCUCAUAUCCUCCUUUUUCGGCUCGGCUGAAGAUGUUCAUCGCUUCAAUGCUAAAGGAAAACCCUCAAAAACGCCCCAACAUCUAUGAGGUCAUACGCGAAGUUUGCCUGAUGCAAGGAAAAGAGGUUCCUAUCCGAGAUAUCUAUUCUGGUCGCUCAACGUCGGAAGCCCGUCGAUACCAAGAACUGCCUCCCUCUCCCACGGAGGCCCCGCAAAUCGGGGCUGUCUUCUCUCCCCCCGUCCAAGAAACCCAGAUCAUCCCCGAAAUCGCCCCCAUGCGCCGAGGGCGCCCAGCGCGGCCAGACACUUCUCAGCAUAACUCGGCCAAACCCAGUCCGUCGCCAUACCGCGGUUCAACAGACCCAUUUGCCGCUCUGGAUGGAAAGUCUCGUGGCUCAACUGAAGAGUUUGCAAACCGAUUUCCGUCCCUGGACCAGUUCCAAAUCCUGCACGAAAAGGGAGGUAAAUUUGACUUUGAGCCAACCGUCGCGGAGAAUCCAGAAGACGAGAAUCUAUCCCAGAGGCUCACCAAUGCUCUGGCAGAUGAUGCCUUUGCCAAGCGCCCGUCUUCUGAAGACGAGCCGGUGCGCGAGUCGUCAAUCAAUAGGCGAUCCCAAAUUCCCUCAUCGUCGGAUGUGAAAUUGGCCCAGCCGCGCAACACGCGCGAGGAGUCUCGACAGCAGACACCAUUGUACCAGCCCGUUCCGCAAAAGCCUGUUAUGGUUUCUACGGGUACGAUGACCUCGCCACCGGCCACUCCAGGGCUGCCGGAUUUGAAUCUACCGGCCCGGCCCCCGAUCCAUCGGUUCCCAGCAACGGAGCACCCGCGCCAUACGUCCAAUAAUCCUUGGGCUGAUGAGACCGAAAAGAGGCCACCGGUGCCCAGCAAGGACCCUUCGCCUACGGUACCAUCCUUCAAGGCUGAACCGAACCCGCGAACUUCGGCGGAUAGGAUAUCGAAUGUUUCGGCUUCUGCGAGGCCAUCGCUGGAAACUGUACGCCCUUCGAAUCUGGACAUCACCGACCCUAUGACUGGCAGGUCCAAGUCCGCCAAUGCCAAGGCGCGGCCGGUGUCUGUAGGAGCUAAAUACGACAUUCCGCGAGAGUCGGGAAGCACUCGCUCGUCUCUGGAGCUGCCACGACCACCGUACGAUGCUGGAGCGCCGUUACAGCAUGCCCGAACCGCCGUGGACCGGGAGUACGAGCGGGGAAACAUUUCCUCGGAUGUGGACUACCUUCGUGCUAGGGAAGAGGAGGAACAGUCUCGGAAAAAGGAGAAACGGGCGAGUGGGAGCUCGAAACACACCAAGCGCUCCAGUCUGUCCAACCUGUCAUUCUCGGGGACCAAGACCAUAUUUGCUGGGCGAUUUGGUGAUGCAUUCCGUCGGUUCGAGAGCAGUAACCAGGACGGUAAAUCCAAGACGCCGUCUCCUGAAGAUACGCCCAAACUGCCCACGACAAUCAUGACCGAGGAGGUGGCGGAACCUGGUAUUAUCGAAGGGUUCGAAGAAGACGAGGAGGAUAUCUCACCGGAAAUGCGCCGCGAGCUGGAGCGUCGACGUCUGUCACAGGAAGAAAGACGAGUGGCCGAGGCGGCGGCGGAGUAUCGGCGGCGGGCAGCGGAACGAGGCGAAGGCGGCUGGAGGCCUGGCGGAGAUGGGACCCGGUCCGCCGUGAUUCAAAACCGGGUGCAGUCAUUAAUGGGCGACACCAACAAGCCUCUGCCGCAGAAGACGGCCACGGGGUAUGGGCGAUUCACAGACGAAGCCAGUGAGACUAGUCCCGCUUUGCAGGCAAAGCAAACUGAUGCCCGUGUGGUGUAUGGGACCCCGACCGGACGAACGUCGCCAGUGAAGGAGGGCUGGGGCGCACGAGAAGCACCGCAACAAACAACGGGGUCGACAGGAUAUGUCGCGGCGCAAGAUUCGGGGCCGCGGCCAUCUUUACCCACGCGGCCAGCGGUGGCCCCCAAGCCGGCACUGCCACCGAAACCGAAGAAUCUUCAAUCGGGGGUAACGGGGAGCCAGGGGAACAGCCCGACGGUGCAGGAGACGCCGACGGGGGUGAAUGAGGAUUGGGAGAGCAACUUCAGCCGACGGUAUCCCAGCCUGUCCGGGCUGGAGAUGGUGGAGACGGAGAUUGAGAUACCGAAGGUUGCAAGCAUGCGAACCAAGGAGGACAUCAUCCAACACCUGUUUGAAAUCCAAUCCGCCGUCCAUGGCUACCUAGGCCCCGAGACGCAACAAGAACUCGUCCGAAAGAUCAAAACCCUCACCGUCGCCCUCUCCACCCUAUCAACGCACACCUCCCAACCCCCAUCCCAAGAACCCCAAGACAACAACAACAGCAACGACCCCUUGAUCAGCAACAUCCACCUUCCCCCCGAGAUCAUCGACUACGUGGACGCAGCGCGUAACCCGGACAUCUACACGCGCGAGUUUGUGGAGCUGGUGCAGCGGGGGAAUCAGGAUCUCAAGGGGAAGAAGGAGGCGUUUGCGGGGUUCCGGGAUGUGUUGGCGAGGGAGAUGAAAAGUGCGAUGCCGGAGUGUGGGGGGGAGGUUGAGAGGGUGAUGGAGAGGACGAGAUCUGCGUGA